AUGCUCGUCUACGAGGCCGCGCUUUAUAUCCAACACAACACCCACCGGGACGGCAGGCGCGCGGCGCUGAGCACGAAGGGCGCGGUGGAUUUGACCAGCCACUACAUCGAAUUGUUCACCCACGACGCCCCGAUUGAGGGGGACUGGGGCGAACUCCUCGCCACGACGCCCUCGCGCCAUGCCUACAGCCCUGCCAGAAUUCGCACCGCGAUCGUCAGCGCGGUCGUCUUCGAAGACGACGAGCUCGAGGACUACAACCCCUUCAUGCCGGUCUUCCCCACUGGGAUCCCUCACAAAGGCGGGUUCCCCCACCUGGAGGUGGUCUAUUGCUUUCUCCAACGACUUCUCCAGCUCGCACUUCUUCUGGAUAGCUAUCUCCAUUUCGGCUCGGAGACGAUCCAACUAAUGAAAUAUCAGAGUAUCCGCCCCGCCAUCGGAGACGUCAGUCUAUCCAUGGCCGACCUGGCGGCGGAGCGGACCAUCGAAGGCGACCUCGAGUACAUUUUCCGCGCCCAGUUCCUGCUGAUCGACAUCGCGCGGACGCUUUAUCAGGAAUUCAAAAUCACUUACGAACACACCGCCGCGUGGCGGGCCCAACGCAAACCCAAACCCAAGGCCAACUUUCACCUGUGCGGCUCCUCCAAGACGCCGAGCCAGGAGUGCCCGAUCUGCGCGGCCUGCCUCCCAUUCUCCGAGCUCGGCGAUUAUUUAAACACGCAAAACGAGGCGGAGUUCAUGAACGCGUUGGAUGUGUUGAUGUGCGAUGUGGUCCCGAGCUGCUCCGUUCUCAUGCGAAACCGUGAGAGGGCGGAGCUGCUGAACCGCCUGCAGCCCGGCGUCCUGUGGUACCCCACCGAGCUGUUGUUAAACACCUAUACUUGUUUUAUUCUCUAA